CUUCUUCUUCCUCUUCUUCUUCUUCAGCUACUAGUUUUGAUACUUCCGCUACUUCUUCUUCAACUAAUAUCAAUAAUAUUACUCCUGAUACUAAAAAUAUUGUUGAACCUCAAAAAACUUUUUUUGAUAAUUCAAAACAAAAAUUUUCAAAUUCAAAAUCUCCUAUCUCUACAACAAAAUCUUCUUUUCCUACUAUAAAGAAAUUUUCUUUAUCUCAACGUAGAAAAUCUGAUUCUGCUACUUCUAAAUCAAAAUUACCAAAUAAAUCAUUAAAACGUCUUUCACUAGCUACAAAUAAAUCUGUUGCUGCUGAAAAUACUGAAUCUUCAACAACAAUGGAUUUUAAUAGUAAAAGAUCAACUAAAACAAAUUUCUUUUCAACUAAAAAGAAAUCUUCUAUAAUCGCUGAAGAACAAUCACAACAAUCACAACCAAUUAAUUCAUCAAUAGAUUCAAUAUCUACUUCUAAUGAACCUUGUUCACAAAAUACUAUGGAAUCUUCAACAACAACAUCAACAUCAACAUCAACAUCUCCCGUUUCAGAAUCAACUAAUAUUGAAACUUCUAAUAAUACACCUGAAACUAAUGAAACUACCACUAAUAGUAAUAGUAAUAAUAAUAUGGAGAUCACCACCUUCCUUGCUGCGCCACGUUUAACUCAACGUGUUAGAUUAAGUUCUGGAAGAGUUGUUAGUUUUUCAGAAGUUGGUGAUAGGAAUGGUUUUCCUGUAUUUGUAUUUUUAGGAAUGGGUUGUGUAAGAUAUUUUAUUGCUUUCUUUGAUGACUUGGCAAAAAGUUAUAAUCUAAGAUUAAUAUGUCCUGACCGUCCUGGUAUCGGUUUAUCUGAUGAUGUCAAAGCUGAGGACCAACAAGUAUUAAAAUGGCCAGAUGUUAUAGAAGAACUUUGCGAUAUUAUGGAAAUUCCAAAAUUUUUCAUCAUGGCACAUAGUGCAGGAGCACCAUAUGCUCUUGCAUGCGCAAUGAAAAUACCCCAAAGGUUACAGGGUACAAUUUAUUUGGUAUCACCUUGGGUUAGCACAACAGUUGCCAAUAAUUUUAAAUGGUUACAAUAUGUUCCAACUCCGAUUAUCAAAUUUACAAAUUCUGCUGGUAUAUCAUUACAACAAAUGAAACAUGGUAGACAACCAUAUUCUAUUAAACCAAGAAGUUCAGGAGCUUUAUCAGUUCCAACAAAUAGUGAGAAAAAACAACAACUUGGAUUAGCAAUACUUAAAGCAUCAUUUGCAGAAAAUUUAGCAGGAGCAAAUAAUGAUUUAUUAAUGUGUUUUGAAAGAAAACGUACAUUUGGAUUUUCUUAUGCUGAUGUAAAUCAUCCAGUACAUGUAUUUCAUGGAACAAAGGAUGAUCGAAUUCCUAUAUCAGCAGUUAAAUGGAUGGAAGGGAAUAUGACAGAUUGUAAAUUAACAUUAAUUGAAGGGGGUAAACAUUCAUUAUUUUUAAGAGCAGAAGUAGUAGAUUCAAUAUUUAAAUCUAUAGCAGUACAAUUACAUGACAAAUCAAGUUGUAGAUUAUGUAGAAUAUUUUCAAAAUGUUGGUUAUUAGAAGAAGCAGAAUUUUCACAUAAAGAAAGAGAAUUAGAAAUUCAACGUAAAGUAUUUGAAAACUUUAAGAAGAAUGUUAAAAGAAAACAGACCGUAAACAUGAUGAAAACCGGUACAUCAAAUAUUGUAUUGGAUCAUCAACGUUCUUCUACAGAUAAAAUAUCACAAAAUGCAGAAUUACUUACUGUAUAUAGUUAUAUCUAAAAUAUAGACUUUACAACUUUAUGACAUUUUUAUAUCGAAAAUAUCGAAAAUAUAAAAUAUCGAAAAUAUCGAAAUAAAAUUUAUCAUUUAACCCACCACCUAUAUUUUUUU